AUGGUUGAUGGACAAAAAGAACCACGUGAUGUGGAAGAAGGGAAUGAUAUGGAAGAAGGGGAUGGAAUAGAAAAGAAGAUUAAAAAGAAGGAGAAACAAAAUGUGACCUUGCAAAGAAUGUGGACCAGAGCACAUAUGAAGACAAGGAUAAGGAUUGAGAAGAGUAGUAUUUUUAAAAUGACUACAAUGAUGGCUGAUGGACAAGUUACAAAGGUUGAUUCUAUAAAAGUGCAGAGUAAGAACGAUCUUUUUGGAUACGAUAGUUACACGUACUUAACUUGGGAUGAUUUUGAAGUUGUUCUUACAAUGGAUGAGCUGACUGGUGUUGUCAUUGUGUCUUAUAUGAUGGUGUUGUUUAACAAAAUGAAGUAUGGCCCCCCAAAAAGAGAUCAUAGAAUUUGCUUUGUGAACCCGUCAUUAAUCUCGCCAAGUACGCGUAAAGGGAAAUCUAAGAAUAUUGACGAUGCAAGCAGAGGUUUAGCAGAUUGGUUGUCUAGUAGAAAGGGCAAUGACAUCAUCUUUAUGCCCUACAAUCCCGGAAGACAUUGGAUAUUGGGUGUACUAGACAUGAAAUCCGAUACUUGCUAUUAUCUUGAUUCCUUGAGUUCUGGCAAUUUCAAUAUGCAGUUGAAAGAAAUUGUUCAUUCGGCAAUGGUUCUGUACGCUACACAAAGUGGAUCCAACAAAAGGGUUAAACUAAAUUGGGUUAAUGUUACGUGUCCAGUUCAGCCCGGGUCUACCGAAUGUGGCUACUACAUGCUAAGGUUCAUGAAGGAGAUAGUGGAAGAAGGAAUUGAAGUGUUGGUCAAAGACAAUCUUGGGGAUGGCAAAGUUGAGUACACAACUGAUGAUAUCGACGAGAUACGUGAAGAAUGGUCAGAGUUUGUUACAGGCUUCAUUUAUUGA